AAGAAAUACCAAUAUGCUUAAGGAUACCAAGCUCAAACAAGGAAGUUGUGACAUUUGCUUCCAGUUUUUAUCUUUAAAAAUUGCAUUGUCAAAAGGUGUUGCUGUGAAACAUAUCAUCAUGGUUAUAACCUUCUCUGGCGCCCAGACAUGGAUUUUUGCAGUUCGUCUUUUUAUUUAUUACAUAAUAAGCGAGCAAUAUCAGGUAGUAGAUUCACAAAUCUGUAACAUAGAAAUACUGGAUCCUUUUUGGCCAUCUCAAUGGUACCUGAAUAAAUCUUCGAAUAAGUAUGACAUGAACGUCCUUCCUGCAUGGAGGAGUUGUAUAAAUGGAACUGGGGUUACUGUCGGUGUUGUAGAUAUGGGCAUCCAAAAUCAUUUUGAUCUAAAUGUUAAUAGACGUCUUAACUUUGAUAGCGUAGGCAGGGGUACCGUUGCUGCUUUGAAACAUGGGACUAGAGCAGCUGGUAUUAUAGGGGCAGUGAAAAACAGAUUUCAAACAGUUGGGAUAGCGUUUGGUUCUGAACUUGCAGAUCUCAAGAUAGCAUCGUCAUCCGUAUUUAACACGUUCAACACAGCAGCGUUAACCUUUCGCAAGGAUAUUAUUGACAUAUACUCCUGCAGUUUUGCCAAUUUCCAUACUGGAACAAGGACAUAUCCAUUACUAAGAGACCAAGAAGAGGCUUUUCGUCUUGGAACUUCUUUGGGCAGAGGUGGUCUAGGUUCUAUAUAUGUUUUUGCAACUGGUAAUAGCGGGGGUGAGGAAUCGGAUAUUCUCCGGGAUAGCUGUGCUUAUGACAGAUUGGUAUCCAAUAAGUAUGUUAUUGCGGUAGCAGGCAUUCAGCAUGAUUUACAAAAACUCCCAAACGGUGAAGCAUGUAGUGCUAUGAUGGUUGCCGCGUUUACAGCUGCACCUGGUACUGGAUCAUUCAAACUGACAACGACAGACAUUGAAAAUUCUUACACGCAAAAUUUCAACCAGAAUUCAGCAGCAACACCAAUGGUUUCUGGAGCUGUAGCGCUUGCUCUCAGUGCUAAUCCACGUUUAACAUAUCGCGAUAUAAUGCACUUAAUUGUGGAAACUUCAAGCUACGAUCUAAAGGAUCCUAAAUAUAUGUCAUAUUUCUUUCAAAACGCUGCAAACCACUCCGUAUCGUCAUAUUUUGGAUUUGGUUUGCUAAAUAUUGGAAAGCUUGUGGAAAAAAGUAAAACAUGGAAUAAUGUUCCACCGAGAAUUGACUGCACCAAUAUUGUUACCUUUAAUAUAGGACUGAGAAGUCACAAUAAUUAUUUUGCUGUUCCUUUCGAUAAAUGCAGAGCUUCAUAUGUAGAACAUGUAGAAGUAUUGCUUAAAGUUAACAAUCAACACGCAGGACAAAUAAAGUGGGAUUUAAUUUCUCCAUACGGAACAAAAUCUACAGUUCUACCUGGAAGAGGAUUAGAUUCGACAACAAACAUGGAUCUUACCGUGUUAACUGUUCAGAUGUGGGGGGAAAAUUCGAUCGGAUAUUGGAAAUUGGAACCAUCACCUGUUUUUGGUAAAAGAUUAGAAAAUGGUACGAUAGACUCGAUAGCAAUAACAAUUCAUGGCUUUGAUUGUACUUAUGACAGCCGAUGUUUAAGUCCUGCACAGCAAGAGAAAGGUAGAUGGAGCCUAUGGUCGCAAUGGUCGCAAUGGUCGGCAUCGUGUGGAUCAGGAACAAGAACUCGAUACAGAGAAUGCAUAGGACUCAGCGUUUCCAGAUUUUGCGAUGGCAAGAGCUCUCAGAAAAUUACUAGUACUUUACCUGUAUGUCCACCUAAUACAAAUGGAGAUAACAAUUGUCCGUCUUCAUCAAGUUUAACAAGUAGAUGUGUUGAGCAGUGUUCAUCGGACAAUGAAUGCAGGGGACAAGGAAAAUGUUGCUACAACGGAUGUGGUCAUACAUGUGAACGUACAGAUAUAUACUGCAAAGAAAGUGUAUCGGGUCUUAAUUAUAGAGGAACGGUCAACAUCACAGAAUCCGGCCUGACUUGUCAAGCCUGGUCACAAAAUGCACCACAGUCACAUAAAUUUACAGUACAGCUUGCUGACCAGCACAAUUAUUGUAGAAAUCCAGACAAAUCAGCAAAACCAUGGUGUUAUACUACAGAUCCUAAGAUACGAUAUCAAUUUUGCAACAUACCUGUUUGUGAUAUAGACUGCAAGAGAAGUGAAGCGGGUCUUAAUUAUAGAGGAACAGUUGAUAUCACAGAAUCCGGCCUGACUUGUCAAGCCUGGUCACAGAAUGCACCACAGUCGCAUCAAUUUACAGUACAGCUUGCUGACCAGCACAAUUAUUGUAGAAAUCCAGACAAAUCAGCAAAACCAUGGUGUUAUACUACAGAUCCUAAGAUACGAUAUCAAUUUUGCAACAUACCUGUUUGUGGAAAACAGCCUGCAAAAUGUAGACCAUCGACAAGCUUACCUUCAGGAUUUAUGAGACAGUGUUUAACAGAUCAAGAUUGUUUUGGAAUAGAAAAAUGUUGUCAUAAUGGACAGGUUAAAUCAUGUAGCUUACCGGAUUAUUGA